AUGUCGGCACACACGUCAGACGUCGACUACUUGUAUCAAGCAGACUCGGCCACAAGCAACACUGGGCUGGACGAGAGGUCGCCAUCGUACUCUGACAUUCACCACCUGGCCAAUGGAGGACCCCCUGGUGGAGGCGGCGGAGAAGAAGGAAUGACAGGAGACGAGGAACCACCGACUCUUCAGGAGCCGCCCUAUUCGUCAGUGUACAGAGCUAUGAGCACUCAGAACGUCGUCGUCAUAUCACCAAGGUCGUCUGCUUCACCACAGCAGCAGCAUGUGCAACAAGGACUACAACAGCACCCUCGGCAACAAGACUCUCCACCAUCAUCACAGGCCCUGACGCCUUUCAUGCAAGCUCCAACUGUAUAUAUUUCGCCUUCAGGACUCCAUGCGUCACUUGAGCUCGAGUCGGAUACGGUCGAGAUCUAUGACCGAUCCAAUGAUGGCUUCCAGUACUCUCUCAAAGGAAGCGUGGACCUUGAGUGGAUUGGUGACAUGGAACUGCUCCUCAAGGAUGCCCAGGUCGACUUUAUGGGAUAUGCGGAUACAGCAAUAUUGCGGCACGAGUCGGGAGUAGUAUCUGGAGCAACGGAGACACCAGUCCACCAUACACAUGACUUCAUCCCAACGCCACUUGUCUUGGCGCAGCAGUCAUCAUCCAUACCGCCGUCAACAACGAUCGGGAGUAACAGCAACUCAGAUGAGCAGCUGUCUAUAUCAAAGCAUCAGAAAUCACUCGCCAUCGAUAUGACCUUACCUGGUCAUCUCCCCAACACGACCAGUUUGGAGAUCGGCAAGAUUCGGUACGAGUUACAAGUGAGUCUGGAAGUGACUUGGGCGCCAGGGACUAGUACGACGACGACUGAAAAGUUUAUUUUGAGACGGCCUGUCCUUGUGCACCGAAUCGUGUACCCUUCUUCACAUUUGCAGCCCCGGAUGGCGAUGGGACUGGAUAGUGGAGGGGUUGAGAUUCAGGUCAAGGUGCCAAGGUUGCUGCAUUGUGAGAAUACGCUUUUAGCGGUGGAGUUGUAUGCGAAGCCCAGGACCCGGAAUGUGAGGCUGUAUAAAGCCAAGGUUGUCUUUGAGCAGAUUGAGACGGAUCGAUACCAAAGAUCGUCAACAGUAGCAGCAGUGCCGAGGGCAAUAGUCCCUCUCGCCACAUCCGCCAACGCAUCUGCAACAUCCCCUUCCUUGAACCCAACAGCAUUCCCAACAGCCUCACAACAACAACCGACAGGACCACCACCCGUACCGCGACUCGUGACGCGAAGGAUCGCCCAGCCCUUGGAGGUCUUCUUCGAGGAACCCACGACUGAACUGCAGACUCAGAACUUGCACCUCCAGUUAGUCCUUUCGCCGGAUCUUUGUGUGGAUGUGCAGAGUAGUUGGCUACAGGUUAGCCAUACUCUGAGGGUUGAGAUUGAAUAUUCGACGGACGAGGAGGCUUAUGUCACUGCGCCGCCUGUCUCGGCACCCUCACCACCGCCGCUUUUGUCAGCGCCAGAAAUUGAGGGUGUGGAAGUAUCCAAACUGAUAGAGGGCGUAAAUGAGUUGGAGAUUCGGGAUGAUAUUGGCGAUGAUGACGGCGGUACAGCAGGAUCUAACCCGGGAGGACUGUGGGACCAGGAAGGAGACGCCAUUGAAGACGAUGAGGACGAUGAUGAUGACCAAUCCAGCAGCCGGAACGCUAACGAAGCCAGCGAUGGUGUCAGUGGAGACAAUGAUGACGGACGGCCUCAGUAUAUCUUGGACGAGAAGCGGGCUGUGCGAGCGGUGAUGGAUCACGACGUUGGUAGUGGAUCCUCAACAGUCCCCGAUCACCAUCAUCAUCUUCUUUUGAUCGAGGACAUUGAUCGCCCUCCUUCGCCACCACUUCUCCCGCUUUUCACACCACAGUCGCCAUCUUCUUCGGCAGUUGUGACAGCAGGAGGAGGAGGAUCAUUACACCCACAAUCGCCAGGACAGCCUAGUAUACAUCAACACUCUAGUAAUCUCACUCGUCCUACUAUCGGCCGCUCACCGGCGUCAGGUGUCUCAUCUAUAUCGUCAACAUACUCGCUUGCGACAGAGGAGAUCCCAGUGCGUGUCGUCCGCGUUGUCGCAACAGCCUUGGUGGACGCCUCGACGAUUGCGCAGGCUGCAGGCGAAACCGAGGCUGGACUGCCGACCUACGAGAGUGUCAUGGAGGCGACGGGCCUUCCGGCCUAUGCGGAAGAGAAGCCGGAGGAUGACCAUGAGGAUGCAGAGGCCAGUGGGACCGUUUCUGGAGUCCUUGGCGGUGCUGCUCGUCGGCUGGAGGGCGAUGACGCCGAAGUCGAGCGUCGAUCCUCAUGA